GAGUACAGAACAUUUCCCAAGAUCUUUGUUUUUUCUCUUGUACAGGUCAUUUAAAAGUGUGUGUCUGCGGGAUUACUUGGGAUGACUAUGGAAGAAGAACUUCGGCAAGCAUACCUGGAAAAGCUCUCAUUGACCGUCUACACAAUUACAAAGAUAUUAGGGCUACCAUCCAAUGUGUUGGCCCUUAUAGUGUCCAUCAAGAAUGCCAGAAAUCAAAGAGCAACCCCUAAUGAGGUCUACAUGAUCAACCUGUGCUUAGCCAACUUGGUGUUCAUCGCUUGGCUGCCCAUUAAGACCCUGGAGACCUUUAGGAAGCAGUGGACCUUUCCAAACUUUCUCUGCCUGCUUUACAACUUCUUCCACUUCAGCACCAUCUAUGCCAGCACAUUGUUCCUAACAGCAAUCAGUGGAGGUCGCUUCCUGAGUAUUGCCUUUCCAAUCCACUACAAGCUUUACAAAAACAUCAGGAACUCCUGGCUGGUCUGUUUGGUCCUCUGGACUAUUGUUUUGAGUCAUGUGGCUUUGGUGUUCAUCACUGAAAGAAAUGGGGGCCAGUAUUUUGUCUCUCCUUCCGAUAACAACAUCUCCACCUUCUUUGACAACUUCACACAGGAGCAACUGGAUUUCCUUGUCCCCCUGCGCUUGGAGAUGGCUGUGGUUCUCUUCUUUGUCCCCUUGUUGGUCACAGCUUUCUGUUACCUGAGUUGUGUGGUGUUGAUGCUGAGAUCCAGCCUGCAUCCAGCACGCAAAAGCAGGGUUAUUAGAGUAGCCGUGUCCACUCUGCUCAUAUUUGUGGCCUGUUUUGCACCAUAUAGCAUCUCCCAUGUGGUUGGCUUCAUCCAGCACCAGCACGUGUGGUGGAGGAGAGAGGCUCUCCUGACCAGCACCUGCAAUGCCUUUCUGGAGCCCAUUGUCUUCUUCUUUCUGUUGUCUUCUCUGGAGCACAGUUUUCGACAGUCCUGGUUUUGGGUGAAAGAGAGAUGGUCUUCCGUCAAUCGAAAAGCUGUUCCGUUCUGCACAAAAAGAGGCGGGUGA